GGCUAGUCCAGCUGGAUAGCGAGCUGCAGUCCAGCAAGGGAAUCAGGGCGGAAUCAGAGCGCCACGUUGGAACCAUGGAGGACGACACGGGCAGGCAGCCACAGAAGCAGCGGUUCCAGAAGCAGCCUCACAUGCAUACCGCUCUGCGGCUCAUGCAGAUGGAAACCAGGUCCGCAACCAGCUGCAAUGUGGGUGUUGUAGCAGGAGAGAGGGCUGGGAUCGGACUGCCAGCUCGAGAGGAAGACCUGCAGUCUCGACCACAAACACGAAAUUGCAAGAUUUCCAUCUGCGUUCUUUUCAGCACUUUGAAAACGAGGUUAAUCAGGUUUGCUUCUUCGAAGCUUUCAGCUUGCUGCUUACAAAAAGGCCGGCGAUUCAACCCACCUUCCUACGUAGCUGUGCUGAUUAGUGUCAUUCACAAUGGCUCCCCCAGACUAUAGCGAUCUCAUGUCCAUCAAGGACCAGGUGUGCUUGGUGACGGGCGCGUCCUCUGGAAUUGGGUCGCGCUUUGCUGUGUUCCUGGCAACCCAGGGCGCCAAGGUGGUUCUGGCAGCUCGGCGUGAAGAAAAGCUGCAGGAUCUGGUGGACGAGAUCACGCAGUUUGGUGGAAAGGCAGAGUCCAUCCAGUUGGACGUCUCCGGACCCCAGGAAGAGGUUGCAAAGGGAGUUCAGGAUGCUUGGAACAUCUAUGGUCACCUGGAUAUUUUGUUGAACAAUGCUGGCUUUGCAACUGGGGCUGGCCUUUUGAAGGACAGCCAGGACGACUUCGACAAGGUCUUCAGCACCAACGUGCGCGGGCUGUACUUCACAGCACAGGCCGUCGCUAAGCUCAUGGUGGACAAUGGCAUUAAGGGACGCAUCAUCAACACCAGCUCGAUUGCUGGGGGGGAGCUGGUCCAGAAGGGCCAGGCUAUCUACUCUGCGUCUAAGGCUGCGGUGAUUCAGCUUACAAGGGCCAUGGCCGUUGAGCUGGCCCCCAAGGGGAUCAACGUCAACUCAAUUGCGCCAGGCGUGUUUCCCAGCCCCAUGAGCGACAAGCUGGUCAACUCCCCUAACAAGGAGAAGGCACAGAAGGCCAUCCCGUGCAAGCGGUACGGGGAUCCUGAGCGUGACAUGAUGGGCGUGUUGCUGUUGCUGGCCAGCGAGAAGGCUUCUCAGUACAUGUGCGGGGUGAACAUCCCUGUGGAUGGCGGGAUUACCCUGUACACAAUGAGUCUGUCGGAUCCCACUGCCAUCUUCGAAGAGUAGGAUACACUGAGAGUGCAAGAACAUAAUUUUGACAAAUUCCGGAGAGCAAAGAGGAAAUCAAUUUUGUCGUGUAAUAAGUAAUAUAAACACUUAGCAGUCAUCCAGUCUAUUGGACCUUUGAUUCCGGUCCACCAAACAUUAUGGAAUUAUUUCGGUAGUUGUUGGUAUACACAAUCUUGUUGAUGAACGUUUUUCUGUCGGUGAUCGAUCGUGACUUGAGCGCGUGGC